AUGUGGGGCCGGAUUGCCGACUUGAGCCAGUUCGGCCGCAAGACCGUCCUGAUGAUCGGUCUCGGGGGCACCAUGCUCUCAUGCAUCGGAUUCGGAUCCAUGGGCGGCAUGACCAACGGGAACGUAGGGGUAUUGAGGACCAUGUCAACCAGGUACCAGUCCAGGGCCUUUCUGCUGUUGCCCAUGACCUUCAACAUCGGUAUCAUCAUAGGGCCCAUCCUCGGAGGUAUACUGUCUGAUCCGGCUGGGAGCUACCCCGACCUGUUUGGACAUGUGCAGUUCUUCCGGCGGUUUCCUUACGCCACCCCAAAUCUGCUAUCGGCAUUUUUCCUGCUCUGCGCGCUGCUCUCUGUCUGGUUAUGCCUGGAGGAGACGCUGGACUCGAGAAUGGAUAGACACGACAGGGGCUUAGAAUUGGGACGAUGGAUGUGGAUGGCGCUUCGCGGUAGGCGCUCGAACGCGAAGUAUGCGCGGUUGCCGACCCAGGAUACUGCCACCGAUCUAGAGAGUCUGGCCCCGGCCGAGGUCAGGCAUCCUUGCAGGUCCUCCAUCUCGGAAGCAUCACCAAAACCGCAGCACCACCGACCCAGGUACACCCGGCGACUCCCCUUCCGGCGCAUUUUCACGCCGAACGUUGUCUUCACGCUGAUGGCCAGUUUUCUCCUCGCGUUCCACCUCGGGACGUUCAACUCCCUAUGGUUUGUCUUUCUCUCCACGCCCGUCUAUGACCCCACGAACCCCCCUGAAUCCUCCUCUGCCGCUCUCGCCCGCAAGUUACCCUUCAUCUUCACCGGCGGGCUAGGCCUCCGUCCGCGCGAGGUAGGCAUGGCAAUGGCCACUCUUGGUGUCAUUGGCAUUGUCCUCCAGCUCGCGGUAUAUCCUCGACUCUCGGCGCGGCUCGGCACUGUACGCAGCUGGCGCCUGUUCCUGCUGUUCUUCCCCUUCACGUACUUCCUGGUACCCUACCUGAGCCUCGUCCCUUCGGCCAGUUCCCCGCCGAGCCCAAAGGACGGGAUCGCCGUGUGGGCAGCCAUUGCGGGCGUGCUCUCGCUCCAAGUGAUUGGCCGCACGUUCGCACUGCCCGCGCAGACGAUCCUGGUGAACAACUGCACACCCCACCCCAGCGUCUUGGGCACGGUGCAUGGCAUCGGCCAGAGCGUGAGCAGCUUCGCGCGGACGCUAGGCCCUGUUUUGGGCGGCUUAUUGUAUGGAAUAGGUUUGGCUCGGGGCGUCGUCGGUGCUGUCUGGUGGGGUCUCAGCGGCGUAGCGGUCUGCGGGUGUAUAGCGAGUCUGUUUGUGCGUGAGGGUGACGGGCAUGAGAUAUGGCUGGAGGGUGAUAAGGAUGCCGAUGAAGCGGUCGAGGCCCGCUGA